AGAGGAGGAAGAUGAAGAAGCAGAAGAAGAAGAAAAAGAAAAAGAAACGCCUCUGUUGGCCCGUGACCGACUCAUUCGCGACCAAUCACUGCACUCCAUUUGUAAACAUGGCAUCUCACUUGAAGUUUGCAUUUGCAGUCAUUGUGCUUUGUACAUGUUUGCUAUAUAUUUCAGCAAUAGACAAUACAGGUAAACCUAAGAAAAAGGACAUUCGAGACUACAAUGACGCAGACAUGGCGCGGCUCCUGGAGCAGUGGGAGAAGGAUGAUGAUAUUGAAGAAGGGGACCUUCCUGAGCACAGACGCUCUCCUCCGCCCAUUGAUUUUUCCAAGGUGGAUCCAACCAAGCCAGAGAACCUUCUCAAGAUGUCAAAGAAAGGCAGGACUUUGAUGGUCUUUGCAACAGUUUCGGGAGAUCCUACUGAGAAAGAGACAGAGGAGAUCACAGGCCUGUGGCAGGGAAGCCUAUUCAAUGCCAACUAUGAUGUUCAGAGGUUUGUUGUGGGCUCAAACAGGGUAAUCUUCAUGCUGCGCGAUGGCAGUUUGGCUUGGGAAGUCAAAGACUUCCUUGUGGCCCAACAACGGUGUGCAGAUGUGACAGUGGAGGGACAAGUGUUUCCAGGCAGGACUGCUAAGAAAGGCACAACAAAGGACACACAGCAAAAUGAAGUUGGCAUCAAGAAAAAAUUGAGGAAAAAAGAGAGCAAAACACCAGAUGUGGACCAAAACCAUGCCAGCAAUCUCAAAGUGGAGCUGUAAUGGCAUUCAAAAUGGGAAGCUGAUAAGUCACUUUCCAUUUCCUGCUGACCUUGCAUAUUCUCCUUUCAGCCCGUGUCUGAGAAUCAUGAUGGACUGUAAACACACAAAAAGGAAUCGGUAUUAACUCAAUAAUAUGAUGGAUGUAAUUCUAUUAUCUUUGACCUGGAAAUUUUCACUUAUUGAUUUUUUUUUUAAAAUUACAAAUAAAUGUUUAUAUCACUUAUCUUUAAAACAUGUCCAUAACACAAUUUUAUUGGGAUUUUGCUGAAUGAGUAUUGAUAGUGAAAACCAAUGAAGGGUACUCCUGUUAUUUUUUCACUAAAAAUGGAAAUAAAAAAACUACCGAGAUGUGUACUUGAA